AUGUACUCUUCGUCCAGCGCCCACAUCUGCGCCAAGGGCCUCCCGCGGCUGCCCGCGCGCCGCGCGGCGCCGCUCACCGCGUCCAGCCGCGCUGCUGUGGCGCCCCUCCGCACUGCCCGGGCGACCCGCGCCGCGACCGGCCCGCGGCCGCGCGCCGGGACCUGCGUCGCCUCCGCCGUGGCCUACCCCGGCGAGGAGGAGAGCAAGGAGGAGGACGCGGUGGCGGGGGCGCUCCGGGUGCCAACAACGGGGAUGGCUGCCCUGGGCAGCAGUGGGGGUGCGGUGCUCGAGCGCACGAAGUUCGAGCAGAAGCAGGAGGUGCGCCAGUCGUCGCCAAAGAUCGACGAGGGCGGCGGUGGCGGCAACAAGGGCGGCGGAAAGGACCUGGGAGGUGGCGGCGGUGACGGUGACGAUGGGGACGACGACGACUACGGCGAGGAGGGCGACGGCGACGGCGAGGGCGAGAACGGCUGGUGGCGCAACCCGCUCGGGGAGACGUUCGACCCGCGCGCACUCCAGUCGGUGCUUUCCGAGUUCGGGCGCACCGCCGCAGACCUGCCCAUCAUCCUCCGCCAGGGCGUCGAGCUCGGCCUCUUCUCCGCCUCCAUGAUCUUCCGGUUCUUCUCCGCGGACGUCCGCCCCUCGGUCGCUCGCGCCGUCUACGAGCGCCUGCCCCCCGCGCAGGCCAAGGGCAUCAUCGGGCGCCUCAUGGCGGACCCGGGCUUCCUCCAGAAGAUGGCCCUCGACACCGCGCUCGCGUGCGGCAUCAACGUCGCGUGGGAGUGGCAGCAGCGCGGCCCGCGCGCGGCGGACGAGGUGGACCAGAUUGCCAUCUCCACCGCGUGCCUCGCGGCCGCGAACGCGGCGCUGAUCUACCGCCUGGCGCCCAUGCGCGCGCACGGCAGCACGGGCCGCCCGCUCCCGUGGCAGCAGCUCGUGAACGGCGUGCCUAACAACGUGUUCGAGGCGUCGUCCAAGGCGAUGAGCUUCACGCACGCUGGGCGCGCGGGGUCGCUCCUGAUGAAGACGGGCGAGCUGUCGCUGAUCGGCGCGAUCGCGGGCGCGUCGACGUCGGCGCUGCAGCAGGCCGCGGUGGCGCUGCGGCGGAAGUACGGGCCCGACGCGAACUACUCGCCGUCGAUGCCGAUCCCGGGCGUGCAGGCGGCGGCCGUGGGGACGGGCGCGUUCAUGGGGAUCUCGAGCAAUCUGCGGUACCAGGCGCUCUUCGGGUUCGACCGGCUGAUGUUCGACCGCGCGAAGACGCUCGGGCCCGCGCUGCUGUCGACGGGGGUGUUGCGGGGGGUGUCUUGCUGGGCGGGGCAGGCGAGCAGGAACUGGUGCCUCGGGCUGCCGCACGAGCUCCCAGCGAAGUACCGCGUCCGCAACGGGAAGGUGUACGCGCACGUGGGGGGGUACAAGUACAAGUUGUUCCGGGGGGGUCCGAAGGCGGCCGCCCGGGGGAGUGGGCGCGUGGUGCGGCGGAGGAUGGUGCGGCGGACCAGCAGCGGGUCGGGGCCGCGGGCGACCGAGCCGCAAACCGUGGCGUAG